AUGGAGCUUAUAGACGAUUUGAAUGACAAUAGAAAGAUUAAAACUGGAUAUCAGAAGCUCAUCGAGCGCUACGAUGAGGUUGAUGAACCAGAGGUGUCAGGAUUUGGCUUUCUGUUCAAUAACUCCCUGUUAAACAAGGUAAAAGAACGGUUAGAAGGCAAUGUUUCGACAGCAGCAAAUCAGAAAAGCAGCCCUGUGCCAGAUAAUCGUGGAUUUCAUAAUUAUGAUGGUGAAGAUGUCGAAGAUGGGCUAUCUGGUGUACAACGGGGUCAUUUUACGGCCUUGACGUUCCAUAUUCCUGAAAAAUCGCUAGCGGACAGUGAGACACAACAUAUAGUCACGUCGCCAAAGCCAGAAACAAAUAGUUUCGACGCAUCGAACAAAAGCGAUUCACCAGAUCAGACCGUUGAGGUGCUGAAUAGUUCCGAAAUAACAAGUAAAACGCAAGCGAUUACAAAUGAAUCACAGGAAAACCCCACUCAAGCCGAUGAACGUGUGAGCCAGAAAGAUGCAAAGCUUACGAAUGUCUUGGACGAAAUAGUUGAUAGCGCAGAUGAUGAGGAGGCUGAUAGCCUUCAACCGUGUGACCAAACCAUCCCUGAAAGUUUGAAGGUCUCCACAAGUGUGUCAACCCAGCAUUGGAAUGUGAGGGGAAUCAUGAAUGACAGAAAUUUAAACGUUGCAACAGCGGAUAGUUCAUUGAAUCACAUCAAAUUUAUUGAGGAAUUCGACAACUCUAGCGAAUCUGACUCCGAAGUGACUGUCAAACCAAGAACUCACGUGUCGCCGGAUCACUCUCCCGGUAACAUCGACAGGAGGCGAUACAUAGGCUCAUCGAAUGCCAGCGAUGAGAAUAGAGGCCAGACACCACAACAUUUGCGCUCGUAUCAUAGAAAGUUGAAGGCUUCAUUGCAAGUGCCAUCCGGCGUGGAGCUCGAAGACAGCUCGGACGACGAAAAUCCCCGGACUUCUUACAGUGUCUCUUCAAAGGCGGCUAUUUUACGACUCCGAGCUCGCCUAUCUCGCGGGUGCAAAGAAACAACCCAACCAAAAACCUCAGCAUGCCAGAAUAAACUAAAAGGCCUCUUUAGCGACCUCAGGCUGGCUAACAAAGCACAAAUACGCGUUUCGCAUGAAGAAAAGUAUAAAGAAAAGGGUCUCAAUAUUGAAGACAUCGAGAAAGAGAAAAUAGAGGUCGAAAAUCUACUUGAAAUUGAGCUUUCAAGAAAUAAACGUAUAAGAUGGAAAGAAAUAAAGAGAGAAAAGAUGCGUGAACGCGAAGAGGAUAGGGCAUUUUCUUCUGACUCUCUGGCUUCGAGCGAUAAUGAAAUUCAAACCGAUAGUGAUGGCCAUGACGUUCAGCCACUCACAGACAGUAACCAAGCCGAUGCAAAUGACGGCUCAUGCGCCGGCACCUCCAGUGAAGGGGACUCUUCAGAUGAAGAAAUGGAUUUAAUACGUGUUAAAAAGGGUAAAAAUACCAAAAUUUCUCUGUUGUCUGAAGAAGAAGAAGAAGAUAAAAAUACUAAAGCCAUUAUUAUAGGUUCUUAUGGAAACGAAGAUCUAGAUUUAUUAUCAGACAGAUCCAAUCUUCGACUCACUAAUAAGAACCCGCCUCCUGCCCGUAGGGCUAACAAAAUUUACGAAAGCGUGCCCUCUCAUGAAAGUGAAGGCACGGCCGAUGGGAAUCACCUUAACAAAUCGGAAAUGCUGAACAGAGCUUUAGCGGAGAAGAAAUGGAAGCUAAAGAAGGAAAAUUUGAGAAAUAAAGAAAGGUUUCGCAGCAGCGGUGUGCAAAAAAUGCUCGAAACCGAAGCAGUUGAGUCCGAAGAUGAAUGGUAUGGUGUUGGCGGAUUAGAUGGAGAGGAUUCAGGGCUGGACGACUCGGAAUUAGAGGGCUUAAUUGAUGAUAUGCCUUUAGGGUCUGCGACCGAAAACGACGCUGCAAGGAUGAUUAAUGAACAAAGCGUUAUUAGCGAUCAAAACAUGGUUAACAGAAUAUUGAAGGAUAUCAAAUCCGGAGGUUUUCGCAGAAAGGCGAACGGCUUUUCCAAAUUUGACAUUAGCGACGAGGAAGAUGAAGACCUUCAAAACUACCACGCAAAGAGAAGAAAACUCCUGAAAGAAGGCGUUUUUGGGUCGGUGGAACACUCCAAUAUAGCAUCGAAUUCAAAAUGCAAGGCUUUUUUCGAAAGCAUGAUUGAAGAACCUUUUAUGAAAAACUCGCUUAUAGAGCCAGGAUUUGCCAGUCAUGAUGUAAAAUCCAAAUCUUGUGUGCCAGACCAGAUUUCAGAGCCUGCAUUGGAAUCCGAAAAUGCCAAGCAUAUUCAGAUCUCUCAGGAAUUUGUCCAGAAAAGUUUAUCGUUUCUGGGACCCAAAAGUGACAAUGAGAUUACGGACAACAGAUCCUCUACAAUGACUCCUCCCUUUGACGGAAACAGAGGAAGCUCUCAGUGCAGUGAUAUGAACGCCCUCAAAAGUUGCUUGGGUAUCAAGUCGUUUUUCAAGAAUUCAAGAUCUUCAGAGGAAUAUAAUGAAGAAACACAGUCAGUGACCAUGACCUUCACCCCGCUCAUUCAACUUUCCAAAUCACAUACACACACUACCCCGAAGUUCCGUGAAGGGAUGAGAACCUUCAAGUCAACAGCUGCACGAAAUCUUGCAUCGCACAGAAGGGCGAUUACGUUCAUGACGAAGCGAAAGCAAAAUCAUGGCUUUUCGAAGGAGGGGAGAGCGUUACGCAGUGCUUACGAAAGGGGCCAAAGGCUUCAAAAUUUUGCAAAUACUUCAACAGAAUUUUUCUCCUAA